AUGGAUGUGGGAAUACCAUUGUUUGUCUUAUGUGCAUUCACUUUGAUUUUAGCUUCACUACUCUCAAAGUUUCUCUCAAAAAGUCAAACCAAAAAUGUUCCAAAAGGGUCUCUGGGGUAUCCUAUCAUCGGAGAGACACUUAGUUUUCUUAAGGCACAGAGGCAGGACAAGGGCUCUGAGUGGUUGGAAGAUCGGAUAUCUAAGUAUGGCCAUGUCUUCAAAACCUCCUUAAUGGGUUCCCCUACAGUGUUUUUCAUUGGACAAGCAGGUAACAAGUUUAUACUUGGUUCCCCAGAUGAUGUGCUUUCUGCUACGAAACCCCUCACCCUGCGAAAGAUUCUUGGAAAACAAAGCUUAGUUGAACUUACAGGAUCGAGGUACAGGCUAGUCAAAGGGGAAAUGAUGAAAUUCUUGAAACCUGAAUGUCUUCAGAACUAUGUAAAAAAGAUGGAUGAAUUGGUGAUUAUGGAAUUACUGAGAAAAUCCAAAGAGAAUGAGACAAUUGGAAUUGUGGUUUUCAUGAAGAAGCUGGCAUAUGAUAUGGCAUGCAAUAUAUUGUUUGACAUUAAGGAUGAGGACACUAGGGAGGCUUUGUUUGAAGAUUUUACCAUAGCAUUUAAAAGGCCAAAAAGCCAGGGCAAGAAUUGUUAA